AUGGGAGGGCAGGGCAUGCAGAUUGGGGGUCUUGCACUGGUCCUGAUGGGUAUUUUAGGAGUGUGUACGACAUGUGGACUACCAAUGUGGCGUGAGACGUCUUUUGUGGGAGCAAAUAUUGUCACGGCACAAUCGGUGUGGGAUGGUCUGUGGUUACACUGUGUCCUUCAGGCCACAGGUCAGAUGCAGUGCAAGAGACAGACAAAAUCCAUCACUUUGACCGUUGAUAUUCAGGCUGGACGUGCCCUCACAUUGAUCUCCAUCCUCGCCGGCCUCCUGGGCUUCAUUGUUACCCUCGGAGGAGGAGGCGUAGUCAACUGUAGUGGCGCUCCACCUGAUCCCUUAGAGACUCCGACCGCCUCUUCCUCCAGAAAGAAGGUGCGUCUGCUGGGUGGAGUUCUGUGUGUCCUAGCCGGCAUCCUGUGCCUGAUUUCAGUCAGCUGGUCAGCAGCAGCAACCAUCUUAAUCUUCAAUGACCCUUUAGCAAUUGCAGCCCUGAAGAGAGAGGUGGGCUCCUCCAUCUACAUAGGCUGGGCCUCCUCUGUGCUGCUCCUGCUCGGCGGUGCUCUGAUCUGCUUCGUCUGUGGGGAGAAGGAGAGAACCCCACCUUCCUACUACUCCUACAUGCCGUACAGCACCAACACUCAAUACAGCGACUCUGCAUCCCGCAUGGCCACUCUGAGGUCUGAUGUUAUUGGACCAAACACCUCGAGGAUGUUGGACCGUCGUACGCCAAGUAGGAUGGUCGAGCAAGUAGCCCAAGUGCAUGAGUAUACCUCCCCGAAUAAAGGUCUUAUUUAUGGAAAUUAA